AUGGUGUCCGUCACGAUGUUUUGCUUUUUCUUGUCUCUCAAUCUCACCUUCUGGUCGUUCUUCUGCUUUCUGUUCAGGGUCAAACCGUUCUGCGAGAAGGACUCCGGCUACGUCAGUCCUGACGGGUACUACCCCUUGAUCAUAUCAUGCCGGAUGAUCCCUCGGCUAAGCCGCCGACAUCGUGGGGAUCAUUUCCGGGUGAAGUUCGGCCCGCCGGAGGAGGCGGAGGAUCAGGACCUCGACGUGGUGGAGAUGGGUGAACAGGAUGACAAGGUGCCAUUCGUGUUCGCCACCCCGAGGGGCCGGGUGGCCACAUUCACGGAGGAGGAAGACGACGAUGACUCCUCAUUGUCUGGUACUUCUACACGGUCACAACCGAGGUCAGCUGGACAGCAAGUUCGAAUCCAUGUUGGUUGUUCCAAAGGAAUUGAAGUCAAACCAACUGGGUGUACUGUUGGGACACAAACACAUGAUGACACAAGUACUGUGGAUGCUGGGAUUCAGUGCAACCUGCAGCUAAACCUCCCUGAAAGGGACAUAAUUGAUGAGGAAAAAGAGCUUGAGGCCGACAAUAGCCAACAUGAAGAGGAUAAUCAAAAUGAUCAUCUUUAUAGCCCAUCAGACGUGGAAUCUGAUUCGUCAACUGAUGAGGACAGUGACAACCAGGACGACAAUGAUCCACUUAGGAGUAAGCUUCUGCUUUUGUUCAUGUCUUCCCUGAUGUCAUUAUUCACCCAUUGUCCGAUGUGUAAAGAGAACUCGCCAGGUCGCCUUCGGAGAACAAUGGGCACAUUUGUGGAAAUCGAUCAAAACUGCAAACAUUGUGGUUUUCAAAGGUAAUGUUUUUAAAUGAUGACCAUGCGAAAUAUGUAUUAGAGAAUGAUAUUAGUGGCCAUGAUUGACAGGUGGUCAUAUUCAUGAGAUACUCAUACAGGUUGUAUAGUAUGAUAGAAAAUUGAAUGAAU